CAUUGCAAUAAAAAUGUGAGGUCGUGGGUGGGUGAGAAUUUUAAGUGAGAAAAUGGGUGACAAACAGGGCGAGGAAGAUGGAAAGCAACAGGAAAAGAGACUUUUCACCAUACCCAGUGCAAAAGAUAUCGCCAGGUUAGAGCAUGGAAAAUCAAAGGUGAAGUCGUACUUCAAAAGCCAGUUUGGAAAGAAACCCACCACUGCGCAGUCCAAGGACCAAGCAACCUCCAGCAAUCGAACCAAUGCAAGUUCCAGCUCCGCAUCAACACUAAGAAAUCAGCCAAAUUCCAAAGUAGCAUCCACUUCAUCGGACAGUAGAAUCCCUAAUGUUACCAGCACAGCAACAGUUGAAAGAACCAGUAGAACUGUUGGUGAUGCUGGCACUAAUGGAAGGACUAGUGGCCUGUCUACUGCAAGUGACCUUAAGGUCGGCGCCUCAUCUGCAUAUCCUGGUACAGAACCGAGUACCUGCGGUAUGCCCGACGGGGCCGGGGUUGGAACGAAAAGGAAAAUAGGAUCGGCAUUCGCUGAUAAGUUUUCUGCAUUGAGGGAAGGAGCGGACUAUGAGGAGCCGCAGCUGAAGAGAGCAGCAGUCUCGACUGCAGUAGUUGCAGCACCCAUCGCGACAAGCGCUAAGGCACCGUCGGGAGCAAAUACCAUCGUCGUCAACACAAGACAGAAAGGGAAUCCCAUUCUUAAGCACAUCCGAAAUAUCCCUUGGGAGUUUGGGGACAUCGUCCCUGACUAUGUCAUGGGAAGGACUGCCUGUGCAUUGUAUUUAAGCUUGAGAUAUCACCACCUGAAUCCCAACUACAUCCAUGACAGACUGAAGGACCUCGGUCACCAGUACGAACUCAGGGUGCUGCUUGUACAGGUCGAUGUGAAAGAUCCUCACCACUCUGUGAAGGAGCUGGCUCGUAUGGCCUUACUGGCGGAUUGCACUCUCAUACUUGCAUGGAGUGCGGAGGAGGCAGGCCGAUACUUAGAAACCUACAAGUCAUAUGAGAACAAGUCUGCAGACGCACUGAAGGAAAAGAUAGAAACGGAUUAUCUAUCAAAGGUGACAGAUGUUCUGAGCACAGUCAGAUCAGUUAACAAAACGGAUGUUGUCACUCUGGUCUCAACAUUUGGGACAUUUGACAAGAUCCUUGCAGCAUCGAAAGAGGACCUGUACCUGUGCCCUGGAUUUGGACCGCAGAAAGCACAGAGGUUGUACGAUGUCCUUCACGAGCCCUUUUUGAAGACGACCAGGAUUGAACGGAAGACUGCCACCAAAGAUACUGCAGCCGCUACAACAAAAGCUGAAGUGCCAGCAACAUCAGAACCAGAUUGAUAAAACAGUAAAAUUGUUCAAAAUAAACAAUUU